AUGCCCACUACUUCUCCGUGUAACCUCAUUCCACUCUCCCCUUCAAACUCCCCUGCUCCAGGCCAUGAAAAACAAUUCUUCCCCUCUAGGAAAUUGGACUUGGAGGUCAGCGAACCAAUAGACUUUGGUUCUGGAGAUCAUCAACAUCUGAUUCGGAAAGCAGCAGAUAAAAGCAUCCAGUCCCAAUCUGGUGAGCACUACACACCUUCAUCUUCAGCUGGCCCACAAGAAACUCGGGAGAAGCCACGGCCAAAGGACACCGAGCAGUCGAAUACCUAUGUGAUAGAAAUUUCAGAUGAUGUCACCCCAGGUGAUAGCAAUGCAACUUUAGGCAAUCCUUUCUCAGAUGCAUCUGUCCGCAGAGCUUUCAUUAUCAAAGUGUUCCUCCUCCUGUCGUUUCAGUUGUUGCUCACUGCGGUAAUUACCGGUGUGUUUAUUUUCUGGGAGGCCUUAAAAGUAUGGGUGCUCAAAAACUCCUUGUUCAUCUAUACAAUCUUCCCAGCGUUUUUUGCCGUACUUAUUAUACUUGCUUGCUGUGGGAAUCUCCGCCGUCAGGUGCCUGCAAAUUACAUUCUCCUGGGAUUGUUUACAGCUCUUCAAGGUCUGCUGCUAGGAGCCAUAUCAGUUUUCUACAAGGCCGAGGAAGUGUUAUGGGCAACAGCUGCAACCACUCUGGUGACGCUAGCACUCACUUUGUUUGCUCUACAAACAAAAUGGGAUUUUACCUUGCUAAAUGGAGCACUGUUCGUUUUCUGCUUCGUGCUUUUAAUCUAUGGAAUUAUCUUAAUCUUUGUGCGAUCAUAUUGGCUGCAUCUAUUGUAUGCUGGACUCGGAACUGUGCUCUUCUCACUCUACUUGGUGAUGGAUGUGCAGCUCAUGCUGGGAGGGCACCACCAUUAUUCCCUGGACCCUGAAGAGUAUGUUUUUGCUGCCCUGAACAUCUACUUGGACAUCAUCAACCUUUUCAUUUUUAUUCUGCGUCUGAUUGGACCGGGACGGUAGUGACGCAACCAAGGCUGGCUUGUGCGGAGAAGAGGAAGGAGGGGUGCUGUGAAGUGUUGCCAGGCUCAGGCAUGCAGAAGUCACCACUUCAGAAGCUCUUUUAUUUAAAAAAAAAUUUAAGAAUACUUAUUUUUUUGUCAAAUGAAACCAAGCAUUGAGUAGAUGAUAGCUGUAGCUGUUUUAUUUUUAGUUCCAUUGUCACAUAGCAAAACUUUCUAGGGACAUUUCUAAUUUUUAUAGAUUCAAAAGAUGAGUAUCAUAAUCACAUACUUACAAACAUUUGUAAGAUGCCCAUUCCUUUGUUGGAGUUUUCUGAACACUAUUUAAAGUUGUAAACAACAUAUCUCCACGUGAAUACAAUUGACUACAGAAACCUACAUUUACUUCUUUCUCUUCUCUUGAUUUGGACAUUCUGUGGGAAUAUUCUGGCGUCUGA